CGUAGACGUACUUACUUCUUACAUGUCUCGUGUGCUAUAAUUCGAUGACGUUUUCGAUUUCGCCCUAUGAUGAUGUUGAUCGCAGGAACAUUGCUGUAUGUGUGUAAGUAGUACUGUGUCUUCAGGGUUGUGAAGAAAAAAAGAUUUUUUGCUUCUGAAUUUGAAUUUCAAGAACUUUGAUGUUCUGCACACAAAAUGCAAAGAAUGCAGAUACGCGGUAAGUAUUUUUCCGCAGCAGUGCCUCCUGCAUUCGAGAGGCACUACGGAUCAUUCGGAGGGGACGGACAAAAUCAAAGAGCAGUACCCGAUUACGGUUUUUUUGAUAUGUGCGAAGCAAGAAUACGUGAGUAGUGAAGCUUCGUCAAGCAUGAUUGCCACGAGUCAUAUCUAGGACAGUGCGUGGCCAUGUCUAAUUUUCCGGACACGACCGCUGGGGGCGGCACUGGGCGGGGAAGCAGUAGUUUGUUCCAACAGCAGCUGAAUGAGAAUCAGCGGCGGAAGCGGACUUCCUCGGAUGACGAGUACGUGGAGAAGCGCACGACGGCACGGAAAAUGCAGAAAACCGCUGCAAAUGCCGUGACGAACUGGGACUCGUUCAUGACAGAGAUCCAAAACAUCGACAGUGUCAGCGAGUACAAGCAUUUCGACCAGCACGCUUCUGCCUUCGUCUUCGAGGGCGUGUGUCUGCGGUUGCUUCGCGACAAUGAUCGGUUUGCGCAGGACGGGACCUUCCACGGGGCCCUCAGCCGCGCCUGCUGCGGCUCGGGCGGCGUGGCCGGUGGCUCUAGUGCGAGCUCCUUCGGAAAGUUUGGCGAGACGUCGAGCAACUUGAAACCCAUUAGCAUGGAACUAGGGGCCUUUAGCCCGCCAUUGGCUCCGGACUUUACGAACAACGCCGACAGUCCGCCCCUGCCGUCUUCGAUUGCAGUAGCCUCCUCCGACAAGCGCAUCCAGGCCAUGUGCAACACGAGCGAAAAGAUGCGGCAGAAGCGGAAAGCGGGCGUAGGGGACGAGUUGUCAGUUCUCUCUGCGUCCGGAAAAAAGAUGAUAAGUCGGAGUCUGGGGAAGAAUCUGGAGCAGAAUUCGGUGCACUCGGAUAAUAUGCAAGAGGUCGAGUUCACUUGUCCGGUGUCAAUUCAGGAAUGUCUGCUCACGAACGAAGAGAACGAGGUACAGCUCGCGGCGAGGCUCGUCGAUUUAGUGGAGCUGACGAACGGCAAGUGCUGUGCCGGGUUCGUGCAGCAGAAACUGGAAAAGGCCCGGAUUGACAUGUUGGAAGCCGCAAAGCCACAGCCUGUUGUGUCGCCAGCAUCCGGGGAAGGAGCGGCGGGUGGUGCGCAGGUACUUAAGUAGUUGCUGUCGACCGCUCUAUCGUGUAGUAAGUAGUUCAUUUCAACUUUGUCAACCUGUGUUCAAGGGUGCGGUGCGAAAAUCGGGUGGCAUUCUGUGACCGAAUAGGCAGAUGAUCUGAUAGAUCAUGAAAAUCAAUUCUUCCUUCAACUAAAAUCGAUCCACAACGUCAAAUGCAGGUUCUGAACCCCAAUGUCAUUGGAGCCAACGAGGAGCAGGAAGGCGAGGAAGAGGAGGAGGAUUCCGAGGAGUACGAAUCGGAAAGCGAGAACCUGGCGGGCGAGCCGUGCCGGUUUCUGGACUUUGACAAUCUCCCACCGCCCAGCCCGAAGCGGACCAGCAAGAAGGUGUCCUACCGCUCCUCCUGCCGCAAGCCGAACUGCGACGAUUCUAUACUCGGGCCGGUGUUGCUCUCCAGUCGCAAGGACUGCUCGGUGAAGUGCCGCAAGAAGCCGCCAAAGCCGAAGCUGGACGCGGAAGACGCUCUCCUUGUGGACGUUAUCACGCACGAACAGGAGCAACUUUUUGUGCAACUGCAAGACCAAAAAGGAGGAGCCGCUAGUGCGGGAAGCCAAGCGAUAUCUGGUCGGCAAAACUUGCUGUCCCAGCAGCAGCUUCAGGGCUGCAAGCGGAUCUUUGAUCCGGAGCGCAUGACGAAGAGCGCCUGCUGUGUGCAGAAACGCGUCUCGGGCAACUUCGGCUCUCUCGAAGAGAUGCAAACUUUCCACGCCCAGAGCCUCGAUUCCUACACAGAAGACCUGGACCAGUAUUUGAUUGGCUACGAGGACGGGCUGCCAACCAACGAGCAGCUCAGUCAUGCGCUGCUCGACGAGCUGAUGUGCUUUUUCCUGUACGUGCUGCAGAAGCACGGCGCGCUGGCAAACUUUUAUCUCGUGGAGAAGCUGGGGAAGUGCUUCGCGCACUUUGCUGAGGGAAUGAGCUCCGUAGGUGGAGGACAGCAGGCGCAACUGACCAGCGCAUCGACCUCUGCAAGUUCCGCUGUGGGAAGCAGUCUGCAGCAUUCUUGGGUGACAAAUUUUCUGCUUCACACCCAGGAUCCGCAGUACCAAGACAAGAUUCUUCCCGCCUGCCUGGACCAGAUCCUAGACAUUGGCUUCGAGUUUUCGGCCGUGACCCAGCAGCCGGGCGGCGGCAAGCCGCAGCUCACGACAAAGCUGCUCUACUCGCACUUUAUCAGCAUCAUCACCACUUUUCUGAACUCGCCGCUCAUCAAGCUGGAGAGACCAGGACUGCUGGAGAAAAUUCUGAUCGGAUUCCUCGAGCCGGAGCAAACCGGAACCCGGCAGUUUGCGGAGGACAUCUUUCAGAAGAUCACGACCAACCACGCUCUGCAGUACCUGUCGGAUUUGAUCCGGAAAGAAUUGUUCACGGUGGAAGACGGGGUGUGUUUGUACUGCAUCCUCGCGUUUGAGUGCCUGAAGUUGUCCCCCCUUCUGGCGGAGCAGCUGAUCCCACUCUUGCUCCAGUCGCAAGUCGAAAAGAAGCAGGACAUGCUCCUGGCGACGAAGAGCGCGGCAGCAGGAACCACUAGCGGUCGUGCGACGACCGAAGAGGAGUUGGCGCAGGCCGAAGAGGAGAAAGCCGUGGCGCUGGAGCAGCGCUGUCUCUUGACCGACCUACUUGCUAACUUGAUGGUGUUCUACGGGGAAAAACUGCUCACGACCAGCGUCGACACAGGUUGUUCGGACCAACCUGUCGUGCCCGCCACGCCCCUGCUGGGUGGUCCCAACGAGCAGAUUGGCGGCAGCAGCAGCUCGACCGCGGUCAAUUUUGGCUUACUUGCGGAAGGCGAAGGUAAUGCGACGAAAACGCAGCAGCUGCUGACGGACCUUGACAAGGUCGACCACCGGAUGAAGCGCAUCUUCCUGAAUCUGAGCAAGUCCUGGAUUGACUGCAUGGGCGACGUGGAUCUGCAGGAGCGCGCGCUGGCCUUCUUGCCAAAGUUUGUCGUCUCCGAGUUCUACUUGCUUUGCAAGCAGGAGCCUUUAACGGCGCCCGCAGCAACAGCCACGGCCGGGGCGCACAAUUUGAGCAUCCUCGCCUCUUGUCCGCCCCCCAACACCGGGAUGAGUAACAUGUCCCGCCUCGGCGAGCUGGGCCGCACCGUCAUGUCGGGGUUGCCGACGGGCGGCGGUGUACCGAACAAUAGUUCCUCGUCAAGACUACACAACGGCAGCGCAUCCUCGUCCGGGAGGUCGUUGGAGAAGUGUCUCUGGAUGCGCAUUCACGCGUUGUUGAUGGAUCCAGAGGAAGCGCCCAGAGCCGUCGUUUGCGAACGGAUGAAGGAGACAGUGACGCUCUGGCUCGAUUGGUAUCGGCAGAGAUACGAGGAAGUUGUCGCGGCUGCCACCGCCCCAGCGGGGAACAACGGCGGCAAAACGAACAAGAAGAAAAAACGGAGCACGACCAGCAACAUGCCGGCGGGCGCCGUGACACACUCGACGAGCACUGGUCGCGGCUCAGGCUGUUUUGCGUCCAAAAUUAAGGCCGCGACGACGGUUCCGGAGCUUCUGGAGCAGAUGAAGGCCACGAGCUUCAUGCCGUACUACGUGCUGAAGCGGCUAACAAACCGUCUGCUGGACAAGAAACGGCCGGUCCGCAAAGUGGCGAUGCAAUGCGCGAAGCUCUUCCUCAACAACGUCAUUCUGUUGGAUGACCGAUCGAUACGGGACUCUCUCGUAGAAAACUGUUUCUCUCUGUACGCUCUGAUGAAAGAGUCUGCGAACGAAGUGGUGGAGGCGGAAAGUCUCAUCUUCUGCAUCGAACGCAAUCUGGUCAACGUGUGCGCAAGUCCUUUAGUGGCAGGGUCGAAUCCUGCUGGUGCCGCGGCCCAACAGCUUGCGAGCACCGGAACAAGUGCGAAUGCUGCAGCAGCGAACAUGAAAAGGAGGCAGGGUGCAGGAGCAACAGGUUCUGCCGAAAGUAAGGACCACCAGCAGACUUUGCUUUGCUCUUCUAGGAAGGCGUGCUUCCUGCCGUCGGUGAUAAAGCUUCCUGACUAUACUGGCUUCAGCGUUUACGCAAGACGAAAAAGGCUGUUCACGGCGGAAACGAAGGCAAUAUUGGAGAACGUGGAGCGUGACCAUUGGGAACUGCAGGAGCAUCGUAAUUGUUUUGAAGCCGGUGAUGUUUCCAUUCUUGGCGUUGAACUAGUGUGAGUCUCUUGAAGUAAACCGCUUCCCUCACCGUUUUUUGUCUUUUUAUGUUGCCACAUAGAGUCUGAAUCAUGGGAAUGCGCAUAGAUAUAGGCACACUCCUGAUGUGAGUCUUGCAUCAAUCAACUCAACAGGCGCCUACAGCAAGCACACCUUUCGCGAAAUCUGGAAGACUUUUGUCGCGUUCUUUGGAAACGGCGGGCCGCACAUCUGCAACGUUGUCUCGACCUGUCGUGACUGCCUGGUGGGCCGCCAAGACUGGUGGUUAGUAUCAAAAAGCGCUUUUUUUCAAGACGAUCUUCGACAGUUUCUCACUCGGCAAGCGACUGCUGCGCAACAGAAGCCCGCUUCAAAGGAGGCCGCUCUACUAGAGGGUGAGGAGAUGGAAGAGCAGGAGGACCUGGCAAACAUCAAGAACGCCGCCCCGGCGGACGACGAUCCGAUGGACGUAGACUUCGAUGCGAAGAAGGAUGCUGACUCGACGAAAAUAAAAAGCGAAGAGCCAGAGCGGAAAAAACCGCUGAAGAUAACGGCUGCCGUGCGGAAGAAAUACGAGCGGAACCUCGCUGCCUUCUGCGACCUGAUGGCGCGCGCCUGUAGCGCGCACUGCUUCGGGGAUUGGCUAAACAAAAACACGGCGCUGGGCGACGAGGACGAGGAGGAGCUCGCUGGCGACGGCGAACCACACCUGAACGAAGAGGGUGAGCCCGUAGAUCCUAGCGAUCAGCAGAACUUUGACGUCGAGGGCGCGCUUGAGGAGGAGGUAAAACCGCCUCCGGCAAAGAAGGCCAAGAAGAUGCAGCGGAAGAACAAAAGCAAGCUGGAGCUCGCAGAAGAGAUCGAUCUGUUUGACGAGAACGUAGAGCAGCACGAGCAGCCGAACGAGGAAAGCGUCGUGGACUCCAUCGUCGACGACUACUUUGCGUCGCUCGAGGACAACUUGCCGCCUAUAGGAGGCGUAAAGCACGCUACCGGGGUCGUAGUGGGAACGUCUGCCGCGGCGUCGUCCUCGUCUACAGGAAAUUUGCUGACUAGCAGCUGCCGACCUAACAAACGAGUGUUUUUCGUGGACUCAUUGAUAGACUUCCUCGCGAAUACCGAACACAACGAGAGCAAGGCGGCCAAAGAGGUGGAAAAGGAAGCUGCAGACGUCGGACUCUCAAAUGGAGUUGUGCAGGAGCAGAUGCAGACAGCGACCGCUGAAGGUGGUCUCGCUUUCGACUUUUCGGGGAUUGACGAGGACAAAAUCGUUCGCUUUCUGGAGCUCAUGGCGCAAAUCGCGCCGCAGACCCUGGCCCGGAGUUGCGGGCGGCUGGUGCAGAAAAGGGAGAAGACAUCAGCGGGCGGCGGCAGGGACUCCAGCAAGGGCGAAAAUGGUUCACCGAGCGAGCUCGAUCUGAACAAGUACAUGCGCAUUCUGGGCCGGGUGGGCAGCUUCUGCAUCAAAACCGGGUUCCGGAACUUCGAGGAGCUGACGCACGAACAGAUUGAGCAGUGCCUGCCCGUGUUGAAGCACCGCCCCGACCUGGUCUGCAAGUUCCUCAAGUUCGUGCGCGGAAUGAGCUCCGCAGACCUGUUUGAGGGGGUUCUCAAGAGCAUUCUGAACUACGUGCGGAAGAAGUCGCCAAACCACAACGACGAAGACGGCGGCGGAGGCAGUAAUCUGCUCAAUCUGGACCAAGACCACGAACCGCAGCAGAAGAAGAACAAAAUGAAGAAGCUGUUGCAGGAAACGCGCUCUGCGAACCACCGCAUUGUGAUGGCCACGAAGCUUCUGAAGUUUCUGCGCAGCCAGCAGCGGGUACGCAGCAUCUACUUCGGACUCGACGAGAAUCAGAACCCCGUACCACUGUUCGGGCACUCGAGGACCACGGGCGUUUUUUCCGGGCAGGGGCUGUCGCUUCUGCCCCAACAGCACCAGCAAUACCAAUCCUCCCACCAGGAGCUCGGCCGGAACUCCUCUUUCGCCGCCGGGCGCGACACAGGGGCGUCAAGGCCGGGCUCCUCCAUGGUUGGCGCCAAUUUGGUAUCCGCCUCGCAGCAAGAGAAUCUAGACCAGCACGUCCAAGCAGUUGAUCCGUUGCAGGAGGUGAUGAAUUGGAAAAAGUACCGAGACAUUUGGAAUGACGUCGUCUUUGACAUCACGUCCCGCGCAAACACGAUCGAGCAGCUAACGACGAAGUUGCAGCAGGAAGCGCAGCUCGUGCAGCUGAAUUUUUUUGCGCAACUCGGGGAUCUCCCCCGACUAACGUUGGCCCUGCAGCAGGAGCUCGAAGCUGACAAGAUGCUGGUCGCGAAAAACCCUUUCUUGCCGAAUACUGCGGUUAACGAGAAGGAGCUGGGUAAGGACACGACUGCGGGAGCUGUGCAGAAGGCUGCUGCACUUGCGACAGUUGCAGCUGGCCCCCCGCAGGGCCAGAGCGCGACCGCUGUGCGCGCCGUCAAGAAGGGUACCGGGUUUCGUGCGGCCUUGCAGGCGCUGCUGUGUGCAAACCAGUACUCUUCGUACGGGACCGUUACCAACCACAACACCGGCGCACAAAAUUCUAUCGGAGGCAGCACGCUGAACAACAAGUCGGUUGGCGGCAGCAACGUCGGUUUGAGCAUCGGCGGCCACCACGGCGGGGCAGCUGCAGCAGCUUCUUCGUCGCAGCAAAACGCAGCGUCUUCCUCCAGCACCAACCAGCAACAGCAGCAAACACUCGCGCAGCAGCAAGACAAGGUGAUUGUCGACGACUUCACGCGGUCGGGGCAGUGGACAUCAGAGGAGGAGCAAGCGUUUUUGAAGGCGAAACAGGUGCUGAAAAGGUACAUUUCCUCGUCCAUCGCCAACGAGGAGUUGCUGGUCGACGACUUUCUGUGGUGGUCGCGCAAAAUUCAGCGGUACUGCGGGAUCCUGAACAUCGCGAAAUUGGCUGUGAUGCAGGGUCUUUUCAGCUGCUUGUUCCUGUGCGAGGUUUCCAGCGACCAAACCCGCAAACGCGACUUCAAAAACACGAUGGACAACGCCAACAACGUCACCGCGAAAAUCCAAAGCGACCGACAAAACGAGGACUUGGCCGCGAAAAUGAAGCAGACAAGUUCAUCCGCUUCCGCGGGAUUCGGUGCUGCGUCGACGAACCUCGGGAACUCUAGUUCCGUCCCAGACGGUAUCGCUGCUGCCGGCACGACCUCCGCGAAUGUUCUUGUGUCCGCGGCGAUUCCGACUUCUUCGGCAAACAAGUCGCGGAAACAAGCACUGCACAAGAAACUGCAGGAAAGCCAAACGCACACUGUGAUGCGCGUGCUGCAACUUGUGCAGCUGCCGGAAACGAAGUCCACGCUUUUGUCCCGGAUUUGCAUCGGAAUCCUGCGCGGCUACGCGUCCUUUGUGGAGGUGAACAAUUUUGAUGACACGGAACGGUUUCUGCAGUGCGUCCAGACGCUCUUCGCAAGGUUCCACUGGACAAAAAAGCAGCUGUUGACCUGUGUCGACUACGUCGCGGAAAAACGGGGCAUGUCGGACUCCAAGAAAACCCAGUUCCAGUGGAUAAAACAGGUCUUCACAGCCAUCUCGCAGGAAUAAAGAUGACGGAAUUUAUUGUAGUAAACUGCCUUCUAGAUGAACACCAUUACAGUAUCGUCGCUCUCACGCUAGAGCUUGCUUCUGAAGGAAAGAAAGUAUAUAACACUGAUGACUUUACCAUUGCUUUGAACUCGAUGUUUUAGACUUACAUUCAAAGGAAAAACGCUUCACGCAACUAUGCGUUGAAAUUUGAUUUUGAACACCAAAAAACGUUCCUCGCGCACGAUAUGCUUCUGUAUGAUUCAGAUUCUUCAAGUAGGAGAACGAUAAUUGCCUAGGGCUGCUCCUGGUUGCGUCUGAGUCCAGCCAUGGGAUUAAGCACCGGCACAGUCCAGUGUGUUGAAGAGGAUGUUCCUGCCCAUUCGAGUGGGCGGUCACUUGUAUUGCGCAAGCACCGAAACCGAGCGCUCUGCACCUCCACCUUGUCUUGUGUUGUGU